AUGGAUUCCCUGGUUAUCCACUGUCCCACAUUCAACGAUUCUACACCGGCUGAACAAACCGAACAACUUGUCAUAUAUAGGGUUUCUAAAUUUGGUUAUGACAAAUGUGUACUGCAUAAUGCUCAGGUUGUCGGUCGUUGUUCUCAACCAUAUUCGGCACUGAAAAUUCGAACUGUAUUUCGUGAAUUUACUCCAUUACCUAACGGUCUAGAAUAUGAACCUGGAAAAUCCUAUUAUUUUAUUUCAACAUCUGAUGGCUCUCCGCAAGGAAUGGAUUCGGUAGCUGGUGGAUUAUGUACGACAAAGAAUAUGAAGCUGAAAAUACACAUACACAAUUAUCGGCAUUCACAUACCAAAAAACGUAACUAUCAUACGUCUACCAGCAGAAGCGUUAUUAGGCACAGUGAAACUACAAAGUUGCCGGCAUAUUGGGAUGAAUUUCUGCACAAAUUUUCUAAAUUUCCUGUUGAAUACCGCAAAGAGAAUCGCCUUCGAGAGACCGUAGCUUUGGACAGUAACGGCAUUAAUGAAAACCAUGAUAAUACAGCUUAUGAGCAUUCUGAUGGAUCGUUUAGCCAAGCAUUACGGUUGAACCCAACAUCAAUACUAUACGAAAUUCAUGAAUUUGACGAAAGUAAGUACUCGGAAUUUGAUUAUCAGAUAGUCAGAUAG